GGAUGCAACGGACCGCAUGACCCGUCAGGUCAAUCGACAGAAGCAGCAAGGCCUGAUGCACCGAGACCCAAGUGCCUUCUGUGACUCUCUCUCUCUCUCUCUCUCUCUCUCUCUCUCUGUCUCUCUCGCGGUGAUUGGUGUGCGUGAGAACGUUUCUUGGUGAAUCCGAAAGUGGAACGGACUGCUCCUCCGACUGCUCUGGCAAUUCCCUUCCGAUCCGAUCGCACUGACCGCCUGAAUCGACAAGAUUCACUUUGCCGCCGCGAGGACGAGAGAAAUCGCUAAGUCUUCAAGUUCCACGGAUAGUUGGGUAGCUUCGUGACGGAGGAAGGAAGAAAGCGAAACUGGAUCGCGUGGAUCGCGACUGUGAUCGAGGCCGGUCGCCCAGUUCCGGCGGAGCAGCGACACUAGGGCAGCGCAAUAAGUCAGGGACCAGGAAGCUUUUGGUAGUGGAGAACGUAUGGUUGCGUAAGUUCAGGAAGAAGCUGGCGGUGCGAGAUAAGCGACGAAGAAAGAGACUUCCCUCGCGGAAGAAGCCGGAGCUGCGCGGAGACAAAUAGAGAACAACGAGCAACGGUGAAACUGCGAGCAUUCUUGCAGGAUAAAUCCAGAAAGAAGAUCCGCGAGAGAAGAGCAAGUCCCCUAUUCUGAGAAACCGAGAGUGACAAAAGCAGAGGCACGGAAUCGCCCAAGAGAGGAAGCAACAGAAGCUCCGAGUUGCAUUCCGAGAGAAGACCAGGACUCAGUGAGGAGAAGUGACGAUGCUAUCGACGAUCUGAUCGUUCUUCUCGUGACGAAGGCCGAUCGUAGUUGAUCCGAUCAAGGGCGACCUUGAAGAAGAUGGUCACGAGGGCGCUACUGCUACUCUCGCUGGUCCUCCUCGGUGCCUUCGACGCCCCCGGCAUCGAGAGACCUCACGUCCGACACCUGGCGAUGGCCGGUAACGCCUGCAGCGCCUGCAGGAAGCACGAGGAGUACCGCAUAUUGAGUCUGGAGGUUAUCAAGGAGCAGAUCUUGAACAAGCUUGGCCUGAAGCAGGCGCCCAAUAUAACGGGUCGCGCCCUGCCGAGGAUUCCGCCGAUCUCGAAGCUGAUGGACAUGUACGGGAUGCAGGCCGAUCAGCCACCUGAGCCUGGUAUCGCGCAUCACGAGGAGUUCGACGAAUAUGCCGCGAAGACGGAGAGCGUCUUUGCCUUGGCGCAACCUCAUCAAAGGUUAAGGCAUUGGAAGAGCGGCAAUCUAGACGUGCUGUACUUUAAGUUCUCCGACAAAGUCGUGCAGCAUCGCGUCACCAGGGCAGAAUUAUCUCUGUGGAUAUGGGGUACGAAUCAGGAAAGCGGAGAGCACGGCGAGCCGAUCGACUUGGAGAACACGAAGAAUCAGGAGGCGGUGACGAUCACGCUGCAAAGGAUUCUCCGUGGCGCGGGCGAGUCGGGCCAGCCGCAGCUGGGGCCGGCCUUGACCACGAAGCACCCUCGGCCGAUCGGCCGCCGAGGUACUUGGGUGACAAUCGAGCUCAGACGAAUGGUGGCUGAGUGGUUCAAACAUCCCAGAGACAACCUGGGGGUGGCAUUGAAGAUCAUCGGCCCGGACGGCGCUCAUCGCAGGAACUCUCGGCUGGUCGAGACCAAUCCCGGCGCGGAGUACGCGCCGUAUCUCGAGGUGCAGACGCAGGAGCUCGACUCGCGAAGGGGCGCCAGGAUCAAGCGGAACGUGGGGCUCAACUGCGACGAGAGCAGCCAGGAGACUAGGUGUUGUCGAUACAAGCUGACGGUGGACUUUGAGAAGUUCGGCUGGGACUGGAUAAUCGCACCCAAGAAAUACGAUGCCAAUUACUGCUCAGGCGACUGUCCGAUGGCCUUUCUGCCGGCCUAUCCGGUCACGCACAUCGUCGGCUUGGCGGAACCGCCGAACAACACCGGACCGUGCUGCGCGCCCAGGAAGCUGUCCGAGAUCACGAUGCUGUACUUCGACAACGAGUAUCAGAUCGUGUUCUCGCGGUUGCCGGGCAUGGUCGUCGAGCGUUGCGGCUGCUCAUAGUCCAUCUUCGAGCCCGAGAGAACGAACGCGACGGGGACGACGCCGAGAGUGUCGCGCGAGAGGACGUCCCGCGAUUGUCUGCCGCCGAUCGGAACCCGGCGAUUGUCGUGGUCGUUGUCCUUGUCAGUCGUCGUCGCCGUGUCCUCGGCGAUUUCUCAUCCGAUAGACUGAAAGUGCCUUGUUCGGAAAAAGAGUCGAAACGGAGAGCGGUGUUGGGUGAUCUCUUUGGGGCGCGCGAAUAAGGGACGAAUAAGAGGGUGCGCGCAAAUGAGUAGACGCUCCGCUGGUGAUCCACCAGGGAAUCCUCCAAGACUGCGUGUGCUGGAUGCCGAGGGAGUCGAGGAAGGAAGGAAGGAAGGAAGGACUCGCUCGUGUCGUCAGCGAAUGCCAUCUCGACCGGUGGUCCAUAUAGUCCACGGCAAGGCGGAUAGUUCCUAGAGUCAUGGUAUUAUUUUUAAGACGCCGAUACGUUUGCACCCGAUCCGGACGAGUUCACAUCUCUUGCUGCCAGAAGGCGGGGGACACCGACCGGGGGACGUAAUUGCGAUGCUCACAGCACAUCGCCGCUGCACGAGUGUUAUGAUCCCGGCGUGGCUUCUGCCACGAGCAAGUACAAAGCUUUGUUGAGGCUGUCCGCGCCCCGACCCUCGCGAGACUUCGCACAGACGACGAAGGGGAUGCCGGCCAGGCCGUUGCAUCUAAGAGAGGUGCACUGUUGCCUCCAUUGUCUCUCGAUUUCGUUACUUUCCGAUUGGACGCAAGAUGCAUCACGUCGUCGCAACCGACGGAGGGCUUCGACGAUCGGUGGAAACGUGUCGGCUAAAAGAUCUCGGUGUACAGUAAACAAAAAUCGUUGUUUUUUUUCUAAUGUUUUUCUCCUCUCCCUUCCCCCUUCGUCUUUCUAUUAUAUUAUAAAUAUAUUUCUGUCAUUCUGACCGUUUUUUAGCGAAUUGUGAGAGCGCGUGUGUGUACGAGAGAGAAAGAGAGAAAGAGAGAGAGAAAGAGAGAAAGAGAGAGAGAAAGAGAGAGAGUGAGAGAAAAAGAGAGAGUGAGAGUGAGAGAGAAUGUGUGUGUCGAAUUAUGUAAAUAUAUAUAAUUAUGUCAUAACACAAGCAAAUGUGGCGUCGCUUCGCUGAAGAUCCCCGGGGCCUCGGUGGGGCCCCACGAAGAUGUUACUCAUAUAUCGGCGGAAAACUCUCUGUAGACUCCCUUUCCUCAACUUCUUCUAACGAACGCGUACAGCUCCGAGCGAGUUGUAGCUACACGCGGCCCGACACGCGCCCGAUCGCGCGCUCAGGACCGUUUUCUUGUUAUGUACACACACACACCGCGGCAACUGCAAAUUUCAUUCACGUUCUCCCUGUCACCGGUUAACGCGCGAUCGCGGAACAAGUAUUGAGCGUUUCUUUCUGAAGGGUAAACGUUACGCGCGCAACGCGGGCGAAGAAGACGCCCGGUUUUUCCGUAGAUUUUCUAAUAACUUAUGGUAUUAAUAGUUGUACUUGAACGCGUCGGGAGAUGCGCGCGCACGGUUGUUACGCCUCUUGGACGAACUGCCGUUUUCGUGUUUUGCUUUUCAUUAUUGCGAUGUGUAUCUCCUUCCCUUCACUUCACGCGACAUAUAGAUCGAGAGGAGAAAUUCGACGGGUAUCACCGUGCGAAAUUGAUCCUACUGACGUGACCGAGACCUGAGUUUCGUCGGUUUCCGUACAGACCCACGUUCCUGACCCGCUCCUAUGGAUUAUGUCACGACGACGGAGAAGGUCAGUGCCAUAACACGUAUAGACGUAUCCCCGACGCUUAAACACACAGUUUCAGUUAUAUAUAGCGAUUGAGGCCGAUGUGUGUGACUUCGACGAAUUCCGAUCUCCGUGCUCAAUUGCGGCAAUUGGCGAGGGGUGAGUCUUUGUCUCUCCCCUGUUCUAUCCUUGUCUGUUUUGGUUUCAAUUUUGCGACAUUGAGAAUUGAAUUCGUCGUAGUUCCUGUCGGCUCUUCAAUCCCUUAUUGUAAAGCGAUCGUCAGAAUCCGGGAACACGCUUGAAACGCAUCUAAUCGUUGUCGGAGUAACACCCAAUUUCACGUUUUUCCCCCUCGGCUUCGAGUCAAGUGCACUGUAGCUACAUUUUGUAAAAUAAUAUACGAUACACGAUCGAUUUGCGCACCGUCCCUGAACUUUAUGUGAUUGUAAAGGAAAGAAAAAAACCACACAUACACACACACACACACACACAUACACGCGAAUUUAUAAGAAAAAACACAAGAAAUAUACAUAAAUAUACAUAAAACUUUGCGAUUUUUAUAAAGCGAUCAUUAGGACGUAAGGGAAAACUUCUCGAGAAACCGAUUCUUUUGUAAUUCGUCCCUUUCCUAUCGAAGCUGUCCUCUAUCCUCCCAUUGUCGCCGUUUCUCCCGAUCGUUACGUUUCUCCCCCUCCCUCUCCCCCAUAUUUUUCCGUAUCUUCUAUUCUAUAACCGAGUCUCAAAUGUGGUUUGUCAAUGUAUGUGUGUAUGUGUGUGUGUGUGUUUAUGUGUGCGUGCGUGCAUGUGCGUGUAUGUGUGUGUGUACCGAUAAUUAAAAACUAAUGCAAUUAUGUAUCUUCCCAAUAUAUGGAUGAGGACGGCAGAAAAUGCAUACUUAUAUGUAUAAUGUGUACUUCCUAGAUAGGCAGCAUAGAUAGAAGAAUAUUUAUUCCAUGAAAUAAAUGGUUUUUCGAUGAA